AAUGUUCACAGAUGAGUGCAAAAGUAAAAAUCUAAAUUCAAGCGAAUAGUGUUUCGCGCAAGCCUUUGCGACCUUGGAAGUACUAGAGAAAGACGACCCAAGCGAGUUAGAGAUAGGAAAAAACUCGUGCAGUGGAGGGGGCCAUUAAGAGAAAAGAGGGGAAAGUAAAGGGAGAAAUUAAGAACUCGUGUUAUUAUGUGCGAUCUUGCAACUACAGCCGAUGCUAAUAUUUGCACCAAAUUAUACAGGUGGCCUUUUCAACCUGGAAUUGUUUUCGAUAGUGAGAUUUCGUACCUAUUCGCAGCGUGCAGUUAGUUGUCUGACAAACAGCCGCUCGGAAGAGUUGUCGAGCAUUCACUUUUACUUUCAUUUGUGGCGCAACUGAUGUUGAGAGCCGCGGCCCAAAAAUAUAAUUCACUCAAUGCGAAGUCAGGCCAGUGAAGAGAACGACUUAUGUGAGUGCUAAAAAGAGUGCAGUGCAGUGUAGUUAUGGCCCGAUUUUCUGGUUAUCGCAAAGGUGCUCGCGACAAUUUGGAUACCGAAGUCGCGGGUACCCUCUAGGACCUUGCAUUUUCCCGGACAUUAAAAAGGAGGAAGAUGGAAAUAUCCUGAUUGAAUAAAAAAUAAGAACAAAGUCUAUACGAUUUAGCUCCAUAAUGAGAUAUUUCUAUUCAAUCUUCACCGAGAGAUACUUAAUUUAUCGAAUUUCAUGCCAAAUUUCACGUUGAACUAUGGUAGCAACAGGCCAAUGGACAAAUUCAAAGACGAACGGACCGACAGACAGACUGACCAUUGGUCUCUCAUCACGAAAUUCGCCAUGUACUCUGAAGAACAAGAAUCGCAAGGCCUACUCACCCUGCAUUAUGGAAAGCACCACGCAACCAUAGUGGACGAAGUAAAAACCUGCUUCACAUCAGAAAUUUUCACAGAUAUGACGUUCAUAUGUGAUGAUAAGACUACUCUUAGCGCUCACAAAUUGGUAAUGGCGUCCGCUAGCCCUUUAGUCCGAAGAAUUCUCGGAGAAAGCGUACAUUCUAACGGACCAAGUGUUGUUCUCAUCCCUGGUAUCAAAAGCUGUCACAUGCGCCACCUACUGGACUUUCUAUACUAUGGUCAAGCUUGCAUUAAGUCAAACGAAUUGGACAGCAUUCAGGAAUUGUUCGAGUUACUCCAAAUCAAGCCUGACGUUUGGCAAUCUUCUACAUCGGAGGACAAAGUUCCAACAGACGACUGUGGCAAUUGGUCCCAAGAUUUAGAAAUUCCAGAUCCAAACAACGUGAAGAAAGAAAAUGAAAUCGACGAGAAAGAAGAAGGAGAAAUCAAAGACGAAGAUGAUGACAACACUAAUGAUGAAAAUGUCCAAUCUGAUGCAAGUCAGAGCUCACCAAAUCCAGUUAAUCUGACUGUCAAUAUAAAAUCGAAUGAGGAAGAAAAGGCAUCUUUAGAUGAGAGUGAUUCUGAGAAACCGAAAGAAAAAAAUUCAGAGCACCUGAAGAUUGGACAGAGCACCGUAAAAAUAUCACCAAAAGUACACGAUAUGUCCCAGUUUCAUCAUCAUAGAAUGAAAAGAAAAGGGAUGUAUAUGGAACAAAUCGAUUUUCGACAUCACGAAGAACUAGCAUUGAAACCUCCGUUUGUGGAUCAUCAUCUCCUGGUGCAAAACCCAGAAAACUAUGUAGUUACACCGCAUAGGAAAAGAAAGCCUGGAUUUCACAACUCACCAUCACAAAAUCCACCGUUCAUCCCUUUUUCUCCUUCGUAUAUAGAAGAAGCAGCUGCGCAUCAUCAUCGAUACAAGAACCUUCCUAUACCUCUAUUAGCUGCUCACCAUCCGUUAUCAUUGAGUGCUCCCCCUUUUCUUACUGAUAGGACACAUACACCUACACCUGGUCAACAUCCAGAUACAUCUGCUAGCGAUGUCAAGCAUCGACCACCAUCAGCUGACCAAGGACUCAUGUCAGAUUCUUACCAGACGUUUGAACAUACCUGGGGUGCUUGGUCUUUAUGUCAAACUCAAGUGAACCCACCACCAGAAGACACUAAAGACCCUCCUUCGAACUACGUUGCUUCUUGUGGUGGUACCAGUACAGAAGAAACUGCUGAAAGUUCGCACUCAACAUCUAGUAAGCAGAUUGGUGGCCAAGUUCGCGAGUACCGUUGUGAGUAUUGUGGCAAACAAUUCGGUAUGUCGUGGAAUUUGAAGACUCAUUUGAGAGUGCACACUGGCGAGAAGCCUUUCGCUUGUAGGCUAUGCGUAGCAAUGUUUAAACAGAAAGCCCAUCUGUUGAAACACCUUUGUUCUGUACAUAGAAAUGUUAUUACUACUAAUGAAGGUAACAACGGACGAUUCAAUUGUUGUUUCUGUACUCUAUCCUUCGAAUCACUACCAGAAUUGAUAAGACAUUUGUCUGGACCUCAUAACAACCUCUUGCUGAGCAAAAACAUGCAAGAGUUGAAAUAGUACAUUCCUGGUUUUUUGAAAGAUCGUAGAAUAUAUAUGGUACGAUCUGGGACUCAAAGCUUGUGAUAAGACCUAUUUCAUUAUCAGAUCUUCAUCUGCUAUUCGUUCAGAUGAAUGAAUAUUGGAUGAAGUACGAAUACCUGUGUUUCCAGACGUUCAUUUCAGUAUUUAGUCGAGGUCUUUGAGAACAUUGAUAAAUAAACAAUCUAAUAAAAUAAAAUAACCCAUACGUCGAGUAUACCACUUAAUCAAAUUCUCUGUGAUAACUUGUCUUAAUUUUAGUAUAAAUACAGGCUAGUUAACGAACAAACUAAUUGCAAAAUUAUCCGAUCUUGAAUUUGCUAGCACUAAUCCACAGGAGAAUAUUUGCACCGAUUUAGAUCUAAACCUUGAUGGCCAGUUACAAGUACUUCAAUCAUUGAAUUCUAGAAGAAAAUAUAGAUUAAAUAGUUUAGUUCAAAACCAAAUUAAAAAAAAAACUGGAGGACUGUUAUCUUCUCAGCAUUAUUUGUGGAUGCCUUCAAAUGAAGUUUGUAGUUCUUUCCUUGGGUUUGAACAGAUUCAAAUCAUGGAGCGUUUCUCAAGUGGUGAAUUUUGAAAAGCAACCGCGAGUGUUGAUCAAAAUCAAUCAGAAAACUGUUGUGAAAAAGUUAUUGAUGUGCAGAUCUUGUUGUUGAGAAACCUUGCGUAACUGAUGGAUUUCGAUCUCACAAUGCCUAUCUAAUGUUUCCAUUAUUUCUAUGAAAUAUUCAUAUCAUUGUUAUUGGCAGUCGAUAUUGGGUUUCCUGAAGAAAUUCAGAAUGUCAUUGAUCGGAUAAAUUUGCAGAAAAUGCUUAUAAUACGUAAAGGGUGGUAUGAAUGAACGAUCUUUCAAAAUGAGUUUUGGUCCUUCUCAUUCAGAUCACCCAAAGUUCACGACUCGAAAGGAAAAUACUCUCUACAUUUCCGAAAUAAUUUAUUAUACCAUAGAUUGUUUUUCCAAUGGUUUUCUGAAACCCUAUUGAUGACUCAACCCAUUUUGUGUUCAAAAUGACUUAAAGUACCUAAAAGCCACCUUAUGUUUAUGACUAGAAUAGAUACGGCUGGCCCGACAAUACACACUGUUUAUAUAAAUUAUUAAUAUCUGUUCUAUGUCGUAUACAUCGCAAAGUGGAAAUAUUCGUUGAAAAACUAAAUAUGCUACUCAGUAUUCUCUGAAACGAUGCUUCUGCCUCAAAAUGCAAGGAGACGAUUCAAUAUUUCGGCAUUUCAUACUACUUGAAACAGAGUUUAUUCGAUAGAUCUGAAAAUAAUUUGACGUUAUGAAGUAUUAUAGUCGAAAAUUAUUUUUAUAGUAAGUAGUUGGAAUAAGGAUUCUGCUAGGUAUUUAUAUGCAGCAGAACUUCAGAAUAUAUUCUUCUAGCUUCACAUCACAUCACAAUAGAUUGUUAAUUGCCAAGAAAGACAUAUUUAGAUCAUUUCAUUUCCCAUCAAUCUGUGAAUGAGACAGACGACCUUGCGUGAAUAAUUAUCAUUCUUAGUCUUGAUGAAUAAUUCAAAAUUCCGAAAUAACUUCUUGCUGAAUUGAUUAAAAUCAACUCUUUUCAGCUUAUGAUCGAUGGUAAGAACUAGUCCCACUUGUUAGAACAAUCAUAUUAUUAUUCACGUGUUUGAGAUGCCGAAGAGUUUCUGGAUCAAACCUGAUUUCGUUAGCAUUUUUAGUUCUUAAACGGUUAUAUUUAAUAUUGCUAUAUAGUUUUUACUAAAAAACUGGAUGUUACGAAUGUAUAUUUUUUCAAUAUACGCACCAAAGAACUAAAUUGAAUUGUAAUUAAACAUUAAUAAUAUUUCUUCAAUUUAUGAAGCUGAGUACCCUGGUAAUUACUAAGUCAUUCACAGAAAGUUCUGUAUCCAUACAGAAUUUUAUGGAAUCAGUCAAAUAAACCAACUUGAUGCAAUUACUUGGGGUGCAUGCUUUGAUAUGUUCUGCUUAAAACCCCUAUUCUACAGCUCUGUUAAUCGAGAUGAAAAAUAAUGAGAGAUCUUUCUAUUUCAAUACUCAAGAAAUUAAUUUUCACAAAAAUUUUCCUUUUAUUCGAUGUUCUUAGUGAAGGAUUUCAUUUUGAUGUUUCGAGAAACUAUUUUGUUAUGUUGAAAAUUGUGAUUCGAAUCUUUUUAUUUCAUCUGAUAUUUCUUCUGACUUUGUACAUUGUAAAUAACUUAUGUAAAUAGCGUAUUUAAGAAAUAAAUUUGUUUCUUCUUCUA